AUGGCGGAGCCGGGUGACGCUCGGGUUUUACGCAGGAGGAGAGCGACCUUUGGAGCGGGACGAGGAGGCUCUCUGCUGCCGGGGAAGAGAGGCUCUGAGGCGGCCACUGAGAGCAGAGGCAGCCCGGGAGAGAGGCGUAGAGAGGCGGGUGAAGAAGCGAGGGAAAAGGGCAAAAGUGACAAACAAAAGCGGAGGAAUGAGAGCUCCGCUGACCCGCUAUGCUGUCACAGAGCACAAGAGUCACUGCUGAGUUCUGCCAGCGGUUACAACAACUACAGAGGAGUCCUCAACUGGUGCGUGGUGAUGCUGAUUCUAAGCAAUGCUCGCCUAUUUUUAGAAAAUCUACUUAGGCAUGGUAUUCUGGUGGACCCCAUCCAAGUGGUGUCAUUAUUCCUGAAGGACCCUUACAGCUGGCCAGCUGCCUGUCUCAUAAUUGCGUCAAACCUGUUCAUCAUGGUGGCCCUCUACACCGAGAGACAGCUUUCCAAAGGCUCUUUCAGUGAACUUGUUGGAUUUGUCGUCCACUGCAUUAACCUGACAAUCACUCUGACCUUCCCUGCAGCAGUGGUCUUAGCAGUCCCCUCAGUGACCCCAGUGGGCGGGGCGUUUGCUCUGGGCUUGUAUACGAUCCUUUUCCUGAAGCUGUAUUCCUAUAGAGAUGUCAACAUGUGGUGCAGGGAUUUGAGCAGCGCCAAAGCCAAGAAACUGUCCAGAUCGCUCUCCUGCCCUACAGGACUCGCCGGAGAACAUUAUAAAGUGUGUUACCCUGGAAAUCUCACCAUCAAAGAUUUGUACUACUUUGUAUUUGCUCCAACUCUGUGCUAUGAGCUCAACUUCCCACGAUCUCCCAAAAUCAGGAUGGGUUUUCUUAUGAGGAGACUGAUCGAAAUGCUCUUCUUUACGCAGCUCUUAGUCGCUCUCACUCAACAGUGGAUGGUUCCUAUAAUACAAAGCUCCAUGAAACCACUAGAGGAUAUGGACCUAUCCAGAAUGAUGGAGAGGCUUCUUCGACUGGCAGUGCCAAAUCACUUGCUGUGGCUCAUGUUUUUCUACUGGUUCUUCCACUCAUCCUUGAACUUCAGUGCCGAGCUGCUGUGCUUCGGCGACAGGCAGUUUUACAAGGACUGGUGGAACUCCGAGACAGUGACUUAUUUCUGGCAGAAUUGGAACAUUCCGGUUCAUAAGUGGUGCUUACGACAUUUCUACAAACCCUUACUGAGAAAAGGCUUCAGUAAAAUAGUCAGCCAGUCUGCAGUUUUCUUCUUGUCAGCUUUCUUCCACGAGUACCUGGUCAGCAUCCCUUUGAGGAUGUUCCGACUUUGGGCCUUUAUGGGUAUGAUGGCUCAGCUUCCCCUGGCUUGGUUUGUGGGCCACUUCCUGCGCGGUAACUAUGGUAAUGCUGCGGUGUGGAUGUCCCUGAUCAUCGGACAGCCCUUCGCCGUCCUGAUGUACGUCCACGACUACUACGUGCUUCACUACAGGCAGGACACAGACUGA